UUUAAAACUAAGUUGCAAUGUAAAAACAAAUACUGCUCGGACGUGCUGCUCUUUUAAGAAACUCCUUUUUUCUUAUUACAAAUGAGAGAGGGCGAUAAAUUUACCAGUAUUUUAUUGAAAAAAUCUAGAUAAUCUUGUUAAAAUCCCAACAUCAUUCCAAUUUGUCAAUAUGUUAAUGAUAGAUAUUUAAUUCCAAGUUUUCGUUUACUGGUAUUAAUAAAAGGAGGUGCAAAGUUUGGCUCGGAGUGUAGAUUUCCUUUGAAUUUAAUUGAUAUUAUAAUGAGUACGUAAGAGAAUAUUUUAUUAUUAUCUUAUUUAUGUUACUAGUUAAACCAAUAUAAGUUAAUUUCCAAUUAAAAAGGUUUAAGAUGGUUAGGAUUAUUAGUGAAAAAUAAUUUUAUUUGAAAAUAAGAAAUAAUACUUCUUUAAAAAUAAUCUACACCUUCCAAAGGAUCAUUUCUUAAAACCGUAAGAUUAGUCAAUAAUAACACAAGCUUAUCCACCUUUGUAAAAAAAAAUUACGGUUAUUUACUCAAUAUCCACUCUUCGUUUUACUUUUAUAAAAACAAGAAGGAUUCAAGAAGAAACUGUGGCAUUUACGACUGCAGUCCCAAAAAUUAUAAAGAGCAGGAACCUCAUGUCAAUGGAUAGGUCACGGAGGCGUUGUUGAGGCAGAAGGAAAAGGAAUGACAUGCGUCUAUGUAAAUUUCUAAAACCAGCGCUGUACACCGUACAUGCUAUUGGCCACAGACAGGCAGACUCCACUAUAGGAGAAAGAGAUGGAGAUCAUCGUGACACGGCGUUUGUUGUUCGGCUAGAUUCGAUGAAAAGUUUCAAUCUUUUUUUCUAAUGCCAAUCCUUGUGGGGCGUGUUUUUUUUCUUCUUUUGGCUUGAAUUUCUUUUGUAACUUGAUGUUUUGCAAGUUCCAAAACUAGCACUUGCUUUAUUUGUGCAUGUGAUAAACAAUUUCUGCUAUCAGGAGUUUCUUUCCCCUUCAUAUCUGCUGGUUAACAGUGCUUUUCUGACAAAUUACUAGUAUUUCCUUUUGAUUCGGUUCUUCAUUUUGCAUUGUCUAACGGUGUAAAUUCUCUGAAAAAAACCCUCUCAAUUUUAAUUACCUGGUUAUUUUCUUCAGGAAUAUGAAGCCAAAACAUGUGGCAUUAUCGCGGUAAUGUAUUUGUCUGCAGAUAAUCCACUAGAGCAAUUACUGCAUUAGAUUUCUUGUUGUUUACAUAAUAAACAUAUAUUAUUCAUAUUUUUGCAAGAGCAUAGCUUUGUUUUGCAACUUCUCUCCAUCACGCUUGGUGUUAGUUUGACCUGUUUUCUUAUGCCCUUUUGAGAGCACGAGAAGGCCAUUCUUUUUGUUUAAUACCUUUUGUGUAUACAAUCCGAAUGGGUAAAAUAACUGCAUAAUUCCUGAUUGGACCAUUUAAGCAUUGUUUGCUGAACAAGGAAAUGCUUCUAGCUAACCUUUCGGUUUCACAUCAAAGAACUUGGCUCGUGUUCUUAAUUUAAUGUCUUGUUCUCUAGUUACUGAAAUAUUUAUGGAUACGCUUUUCACCUUCCUUUAUUUGACUUAUUUUGAAGUUCUGAGGGUCCAAACAAGGAUUCCUUUGAUCGAAAUCAUUUGAGGUUUUAUAUGCUUUUCUAUGAUUUCAAGGUAGAUUGUCACCUCAAGGCACUUUUCUACCUUUUCUACCAGGGUACAAACUGUGUCUGACGGAGGCCUUGCAAUGCCAUCCGUUGUUCUUCAUUGGGUUGGUUUGAUAUGUCCUAAUUCCAAAUCUUGCCGAAUAAAUAAGAGGAGAAAAUAAAACCAAUUAUGUUUCUUUAUUGCAUGACUUUGUACAAGAUGAAUUUAGAACAGUUAGGCAAUUAUACACAACGAUAAAACAGUUCUUGGAACCUAGUUUGUUGGAUUAAUUAUAUAUGUUAUUUUGAGGAAAUGCUCAUGCUUAAUGAAAAUUGGUUUGGUUACUGUAUGCUUUUAUAUGAUUCAUGAUCUCAAGAUUAUGGUGUUGCAGAUUACUGUGGUUGUUUCGCUUCAGCUUUGGACUGCUACAUUACUUCACGAUGUUGGGUAGCUGAAGAUGCUGACAAAAGCCUACUUCUUUGGCUCAUUCCUUAACCACAAUAUUUUCUUAGCUAUCCAUGAGCUCUCCCACAAUCUCACCUUCUGAACUCCAGUCUACAACAGGUGGCUUGGUGUUUUUGCUAAUCUCCCUAUCGGUGUACCUAUGUCUGUAACUUUUCAAAAGUAUCACCUUGAGCACCACCGCUUCCAAGGAGUCGAUGGCAUAGAUAUGGACAUCCCAAGCCAUACUGAAACCUAUCUUGUGACAAAUGUGGUAUCCAAAUCGAUACGGGUUAUGUUGCAACUCUUCUUCUAUGUGCAGCCUCUCUUUCUCAAACCAAAGCCCCCUGGUUGUUAGUUCAUUAAUUUUUCUGUUCAGAUAACCCUAGUUGCUGCCGUGAUUUAUUUUUGGGGCUAGAGAUCUUUUGCUUAUUUGAUCCUUUCCACUUUCGUCGGUGGUGGUAUGCACCCAAUGGCUGGUCAAUCAGAACAUCACGUCUUCAAUCCAAACCAAGAAACAUAUUCUUCCUAUGCCCCCCUUAAUUUUCUAACUAGGCAUGUGGGGUACCACAAUGAACAUCAUGAUUUCCCGAGGAUUCCUGGGAACAAGCUUCACAAGGUGAAGGAGAUUGCACCAGAAUAUUAUGAGGGCUUAGAGUUGUACUUGAGGAUUUAGACUAUUUGUUGUAGUUCUAGAGUCCAGACUAACAACUGAUUUGACUAACUAUUCAAUCUCUUAAGAAGAUUCUUUUGUUUA